CUUUUGUGUCUUCUGAGCAUUUGACACCACCCCUCCGGUGCAACGGAGAUUCGCCUCGUACUCGGUGUAAACAGAACUCUUCAGCGCUUUAACAAAUCCGAUACUCUCAUUUAUUAAUUUACAAAAGGGCUGUUAGCAUUCAGCAUGUAAGCACAACUUGAUGGGAAGAUUAGCAACCCAAAGUGGGUUAGCGAACCGGUCAUUGUUUCCUAAAUCCUAUUCCAGACAUUUUUGUGCCAUGGUUGUCAGGUGAACUGGCCGUGACCGUUUCAUUUUGACUUCGACGAUGGCGACACCUGCAGAACACGACCUUGCAUUAGCAGAGGCAGAAACUAGUAAGGAGAAAGCACAGGUAUUCGGAAUUCUGAGGCUACAAGAAGAAAAAUCGACUUGUGAAAAAGCUAACGUUAGCAACAGCAGUAGCAGUGGCAGCACGACCAUGAGAGCAGGGGAUGGGAGAUGGCAGGCUCCCAUAUUUGCUCUCGCAAGGAAAGCAUCGGAGACCUUUUCAGGAAGCAUUCACGUUCUGCCAAAGGUAGCAGAACACAGAACGUCACUCUCCGAUGAGUGGAGUGUCAAAGCCCUGCGGGACCCCAUGGCAAUGGAGAGAGCCAACUUGUUGAACAUGGCCAAGCUAAGCAUCAAAGGCCUAAUUGAGUCAGCACUGAGCUUUGGACGCACUCUGGACUCUGACUACCCACCGCUUCAACAGUUCUUCGUUGUCAUGGAGCACUGCUUAAAGCAUGGCCUCAGAGUAAAGAAGUCAUUCCUGGGGUUUAACAAGUCCCUGUGGGGUCCAUUGGAACUGGUGGAGAAGCUGUGUCCAGAGGCAGGAGAGAUUUCAGCCAGUGUCCGAGACCUUCCUGGACUCAAGACUCCUUUGGGAAGAGCGAGAGCUUGGCUGCGUCUGGCUCUGAUGCAGAAGCGCCUGGCAGACUACCUCCGCCUCCUCAUCACCAGGAAGGAUCUGCUCAGUGACUUCUAUGAGAGCUCUGCAGUCAUGCUGGAAGAGGAGGGAGCGGUCAUUGUGGGCCUGCUGGUGGGCCUCAAUGUGAUCGACGCCAACUUGUGUGUGAAGGGAGAGGAUCUGGACACCCAGGUGGGGGUCAUUGACUUCUCCAUGUACCUGAAGAAUGACAUAGAUGACUAUAGAAGCGAAGAGAGAAACAGUCAAAUAGCUGCCAUUUUAGACCAAAAGAACUACGUUGAAGAAUUAAACAGACAAAUGAAUUCUACAGUGCACGGUUUACAGGGCAGGGUGGACUCUCUUGAGAAAUCCAACUCUAAACUCAUCGAGGAGCUGGCCAUAGCCAAGAACAACAUCAUCAAGCUGCAGGAGGAGAACCACCAGCUGAGAAACGAGAACACUAUCAUCCUGAUGAAGACCCAGCAGCACCUGGAGGUGACGCAGGGGGAUGUGGAUGUGGAGAGAGACACGUAUAAACAGUCUCGCCAGGGGCUGGACCAGAUGUAUAACGAGGCCCAGCGACAGCUGAAGGAGGAGUGCCAGCUACGGCAGGAUGUAGAGAAUGAACUGGUGGUUCAGGUGAGCAUGAAGCAGGAGAUGGAGCUGGCCAUGAAGCUGCUGGAGAAGGACAUCCACGAGAAACAGGACACUCUGAUUGGUCUACGGCAUCAGCUAGACGAGGUCAAGGCCAUUAACGUGGAAAUGUACCAGAAGAUGCAGACGUCUGAUGAUGGGAUGAAGCAGAAGAACGACAUGAUCACCCGACUGGAGGAGAAGACCAAUCAGAUCACGGCGACAAUGAAACAGCUGGAGCAAAGAUUACAGGAGGCGGAACGCGACCGCUGGACGGCCGAGGACGGAGCUCGUAAAUUCAAGCAGGACUUUGCAAACAAGGCCGACAUGCUGCAGAGACAAAUUGCCCAGAGAGAGAAGCAGCUGCAACAGCUGGAGACAGACCUGAAGAUUGAGAAGGAGUGGCGCCAGACGUUACAGAACGAUCUGGAAAGAGAAAGAGACUCAGUCAACCAGCUUAGUGCCGAAGCGUUGCAGAUCAAUGGACUCAAAAAAGAGUUCCACCGUCUGCAGGAUGAGAACCAGCAGCUGAAGGGGAUCUGUGAGGAGCAGGAGCAGGCCCUGGAGGAGCUGGGCUGCAAACUCAGCGAAUCGAAGCUCAAAAUUGAAGACAUAAAAGAAGCAAAUAAAGCUCUUCAGGGGGGACAGGUUUGGCUGAAAGACAAGGAAGCCACACACUGUAAGCUGUGUGAGAAGGAGUUCUCCAUCUCCAGAAGAAAGCACCACUGCAGGAAUUGCGGGGAGAUUUUCUGUAACGCCUGCUCCGACAACGAACUUCCUCUUCCUGCUUCUCCCAAACCGGUCCGAGUCUGCGACACAUGCCACGCCCUCCUCCUGCAGCGCUGCUCCUCCAAUGCCACGUGAGACACUACCCCCCCCCUCUCCCUGUCCCGAACACUCCCUCACAGCUUUAACUCCACCUACUUACAAGAGGCUGACACCUCGGCGCAGGCAGGACUGUUAUAAGGAUGGAUCGUUUACAUUCUACGUGUUGUCGCUGGCCUUUAACCUAACCUCAAUAGAAAUGUUCAAGUACACUAAGGUUUCAAUGAUUAACCUUCUCCAGUCUCCUCUAGAUUACGAACGACAGGCGUCCUCUGACCUUGCUAUUCCAUAGGUUCCCCUAAUCUGAUGUUGAAUCUGUUGUUCAGUGACUGUCAGGGCCAGCAGCAGUGUUCCAGGUAGCUUACCCACAUAGCUGCAUUUAAAAUGCAAUACAAUUCAACAAACAUUGAUAAUGGUAUUCACAACAUGUUUACAAUACAACUCAUUGAGGAGUGUUUGGUUGAAUGAGGACCCACAUUUGUAUGUUGUGUUUAUGUUGGUCAACGAUGUAGGACUCGACCUGGAGAGCACCUGUAGUUUCCCUGUCCUCUUGAGGUUUUAUUUCCUGUAAUUUCUGGUGAUGACUGGUCCUAACUGGCUUUCUACAAAUGUGCCUCUAACAAGCCAAACUAUAGUUGUUGCUUGAACAGGUUUGUCUCUGCAUGGUACAAUAGACACAUGUAUGUUUAUCAAAAGCACUAACCUUCCACUGCUGCUCUGAGAUGUUAGACAGGAAGUACAAGCAACAGCACACAACCUUUUCUGCUGACUUUGGAUUACCGACUGAAAAAAACUAAACUGACUCAUGAAGUCAUGCAGUGGUGGAGCAGUGAUUAUAACUCUUCUUACGCUAAAAUAGCAACAAGUAUAUGUGGAAUAAUGCCAAUUUCUUGUCAAUUGGACAAAUAUUAAUUUCAGAGUAUUUAUGUUUUAUGUUAUUUUAAUGCUUAUUAUUUGAAUAUUGUCCUAAGUGUUACAUUUUAAAGACUUGGCCAAGAAUUUUAUGUACAGCACAUGUUUAAUUUGUAUGUAACCACUUAAACACAAGCUGUAUAUUUUGUUUUGUAUUCAAUCAACAAAACCAUGUUUACAAUUUAUAAUAUUCCAGAAGUGGAAUUAAGGGUUUUCAUGAAAUACAAACUGAUGUAUUACAUCUCACUCGUAUAAA